AUGACUUCGACCUACGCCGUCCCAGCCUCGUUCCACGACGAGCAGGCGAACGAACCCCGCAACCCCUCCCCGCCGACAGGAGGCAAUCAGCGCCGAUUGACUGCCACCUCCUCGUUUGACCCGAAUCACCUCUCGCCCGCGUCGCAACUCCAGAGCAGCUCCGUGUCGCCCAACUACAACGACACCCCGGCCGAGUCCAUCUCAACCUCCUACAGCCAGUACCACAGCGACUACACCAGUGACAUGGAUGACUCCCUCGACCCCUUUUUUGGCGUCGACUUCAACGCAACAGAGCCCGGCACGCCAUCAUUCCUUGGCCCGGAGAGCAGGACCGACAGUUUCGGCCAGAACGCCAUCGCCCAGAGCUUCAGUGAGGCCCGGAAGCGCAACGGAACCCUGGAGGCCAACUCGUAUCCCUUCACCCCCGAACAGACUGCUUCGCUCCACACCACGUCCCCGGGGAGCGACCGCAGGACGAUUGCCAAGUCCGUGCCCGACCGCCUCCCAACUUCUAUCUCACCUCAGGAGCUCCAAAGACCUUUCCAGGCGCAGUCUUUCGCCCCCUACGCGGUGCAGCAGCCCACCCUUCAGCCGACGCCCGACCCCAGCGGCAGCGGCCGUUCCAGCGAGGACGGGGCCGUGCCGUCCCCGGCCAUGGCCGCCGCCCAGAGCCCGCGAGUCACCGUCUCCAUGUGGGGCAAGGACGACGCCGAGCCUGUGCAGUCGAUCGAGCGCACCUUCACCCCGGACGACGAGAACUCGUCGACGGCGCGCGGCGGCGGCAUCAGCUCUGCAGGGGACCUGAUUUCUUCGCAGGAACAUGCGCCAUCCCGGCGCUCAUCUUUCAGCCGCCGGGGCCUGGAUCCCGACAACAGGCCGUCGAUCGAGGUCGACAGUGUCAAUGAGAUGGUGAGGGGCCGCCAGAUUAAUGAAAAGAACCAGGAGGUCGACCACUGGCUCAACAAGUCCAUCGCUCCGCCUCCGCCUCAGGAGACCGUGCAGGCCAGUCCCAAAGACGUGGCCGAGGAUGAACGUCUGAACAGGCCCAUUGACCUCGGUGACCAGACCGAGAAUCGCCAGCAGUCAGGACAGACCUACUUUACCGGUGGAGGCGGCGAGAUGACAGCCACAGACUUGCACAUAAUGCGCCAAAAUAGAGUCUGGGGCGACGCGCCGACAAUUCAACAGAUUAGCGGACCAAGCACGGAUAGGUAUCAACCAGAAUCGUCACAAGCCGCCAUCGCCCGCUUCAACAGGAUGUGCAUGGACAAUGAGUCCAUCGUCUCUAAGGCAGCUACAUGGGGCACCCGCCGCCGAAACUCACUGCCUAGUCUACACGACGUGGACACCGAGAAUGUCACCAGUGGCAGCUUAUUGAAGAAGUUGUCCAUCAGCAGGGGCGAGGGCGGCCGGAGACCGAGCAUCCUGAAAGAGCUGCGCGGCAUUGUUCGCCGACCGAGCGCCACGUUCAAACGGUCGAGGAGCAUCCACGAGGACGAGCCCGCCAGAGCUGAGGCGUCGCCUACGGAGAAACGGGACAGCUUGCCUAGCCUCAUGCCAGGCCGCACCGGCAGCUGGGGCACCAAGAAGGCGCCGACACCAAGCAUCAACACCGCCCUGAUCUCCAUGGGCGGCACCGUGGCCUCCAUCGGGACGACCCACGCCAGGACCGGCUCGAUCACUGCCACGCCAAUCACGUCGCCCAAGAGCCCCUUUGGCGGACUGCAGGUCAGGAAUACUCUGCGACGACCAAGGAGCAAGUCCGACCUGCCCAAGGGAAGCAGUGGCAGUGGCGAGACACACUCCAACCUCGUGGGCAUGUGGAGGAAGACGGGCGGUCCGCCAGUGGCCAACCUCGCAAAGACUUCAUCCACCAACCUCGACCUGGAUGAUGACGAUGACGACGACGACGAGUUUGAGGAGGGCGAGGCCAACUCCGAGUCUGGCAAGCUGAUUGACAGCAUCACGCCGAACUUUGCAGGAUUUCAGCAGCACAUUCUGAGUCUGAAUCCGGACCUGGCUGACAACCACAACUUCCUCGUCGACCGAAUUGCCCACCAGCAGGUCGUUCGGUACAAGACGCUCCUCAACGCCAAGGUCAAGCACCUCGUCAUCGGGGCAGCCUGCACGAGCGGCAAUCUCUGCCAGGCCCGUGGCGGCCGCCCCGUCCUCCUCGAUCAGCGUGGUGACCUCCGCGAGCUCGACCCGUUGUCGACCGGGCUUGACUCGGGAGACGGGGAUUCGACACCCAUCGAGGGUGCUAUCACCAAAGAUAGCUUCCCCCAGGACAUCCCCAUGCCGCCCACCCAGUCUCUGCCGGCUGAAUUCGAAUGUCAACUGUGCUUUGCGCUAAAGAAACCAAAGAAGCCGUCUGACUGGACCAAGCACGUCCACGAAGACGUGCAGCCAUUCACCUGCACCUGGGACAGAUGCAGAGACCCCAAGAUCUUCAAGCGCAAGGCCGACUGGGUGCGCCACGAGAACGAGGGGCACCGCCACCUAGAAUGGUGGACCUGCGACGUCGAGGACUGCCGCCAUACCUGCUACCGCCGCGACAACUUUUUGCAGCAUCUCGUCCGUGAACACAAGUUCACCGAGCCCAAGAACAAGACAAAGGCGGCCAUCAAGCGGGCCGGUGGCAUGGACCCGACCUGGCAGAAGGUGGAGCAGUGUCGCCAUGAAACGACCAAGAAGCCCCAGGAGGAGCCGUGCCGGUUCUGCGGGAAGCAGUUCCCGUCGUGGAAGAAGCUCACGGUUCACCUGGCCAAGCACAUGGAGCACAUCAGCCUGCCCAUCCUCCGGCUUGUUGCGGCCAAGGAGCUGGAGCCGGACACGAUCAUCAGCCCCGUGCAAGAUCCGCCCCCGAGGACCAUCUUCCCAGACCCCUUGAGCGCCACGUCGGCCGUCAAGACCGAGCCGUCUCAGCCGCAGGGCUUCAUGGACCCGUACCAGCAAAACAUGAUGCCAAACAGCGGGUUCCAGUCCAUGGAUCAGUUUAGCUACGCGACGGGCAACGCCGGCAACUCUUUUGACUACAUGUAUGGGACACAGUACACGAACAAUGGCCAGUCGAUGGGCGGCCACAACAUGCUGGGUGUCAACCAACCCGUCAACCGCGGGUUCAACCAGCAAUACCAGAACGCCAACAACAUGGGCAUCUCUGGUCACUUUACGGGUGCACAGCAGUUUGGGUCGAUGGACACUGAGCCCUUCCCCUCCCUGGAUCAGAAUGCCUUGGGACUACAGCAGCCCUCGCAAAUGAGCUCCCAGAUGACCUACGAUGGGCUCAUGGGACAAAACAGCAUCAACAAGAACCAGUACGGCUCUCAGGGGUCGAUUUCACCGUACUCACACUCGCCCCUCCAAGGCGGCGGCGGUUUCUAUCCCCCCCAGUGA